UGGGUGAGCUGCUGUGGUCCGUAGCCAAGCAUGCUGUGGUUGGAUCUGCCAAGCUGUGGAACAGAAACAUUUGCUGGAUGGAAAAUCCAUAAACGAAAGCUGCUGUGAGAGCCUGGGACAGACCAUAACUUAAGCAAGAUCAGAAUUUUUAGAUAUAUCUGGGUUGCCUGACCUCACUGCGUGAUUGCUAUUAAUUAACAAGACUUUGUGGGAAAAGGGAACUUGCCUUUUGAGCUUUGUACCAAAGACCUGGGAAAGCCAGCCCUCGUGUCUUUCCUGAGUGUGCGGAAACUGCCCCGGCCCCUGCCAAUGUGCUGACUGGUCGCGAUGGGCAGACGGUACCCGGAGGCUCCCUGUCGUCCAGGCAGCUCAUAUUUCACAUUAUAACCCAUUUCCUGCACCAUUGCUGACGGCCAGUGACCCAUGUCUGAAGUACUUCCAGCGGACUCAGGUGUAGACACUUUGGCAGUGUUUAUGGCCAGCAGCGGAACCACAGAUGUCACGAAUCGUAAUAGCCCGGCCACACCACCAAACACCCUUAAUCUCCGUUCCUCCCACAAUGAACUGCUGAAUGCCGAAAUCAAACACACAGAAGCCAAGAACAGUACACCCCCCAAAUGCAGGAAAAAAUAUGCACUGACUAACAUCCAGGCAGCCAUGGGCCUCUCGGACCCUGCCGCACAGCCCCUGCUGGGAAACGGCUCCGCCAACAUCAAGCUGGUGAAAAACGGGGAGAACCAGCUCCGGAAGGCUGCAGAGCAGGGACAGCAGGACCCCAACAAGAAUGCCAGUCCCACUGCAGUCAUCAACAUAACUUCCGAGAAGUUAGAAGGUAAAGAGCCCCAGCCACAGGAUUCCUCCGGCUGUGAGAUUUUACCCUCUCAACCCAGGAGAACCAAGAGCUUCCUAAAUUACUAUGCAGACCUGGAAACCUCAGCUCGAGAACUGGAGCAGGACCUGGGCAGCCAGCAUGGGAUUGUGGACGAGAAGUCGCAGCCGGGGCAGGGCCAGGCCUCCACCAUCAUUGGGAAUGGUGACUUGCUGCUGCAGAAACCAAACAAACCCCAGUGCAGCCCUGAGGAUGGCCAAGUAGCCACAGUGUCAUCCAGUCCAGAAACCAAGAAGGAUCACCCUAAAACAGGGGCCAAAACGGACUGUGCCCUACACCGGAUCCAGAACCUGGCACCCAGUGACGAGGAGUCCAGCUGGACCACACUGUCCCAUGACAGCGCCUCACCCAGCUCCCCGGAUGAGACAGCAGAUAUAUGGAGUGAGCACUCAUUUCAGACAGAUCCAGAUUUGCCUCCUGGAUGGAAAAGGAUCAGCGACAUUGCUGGGACCUAUUACUGGCACAUACCAACAGGAACGACUCAGUGGGAACGCCCUGUCUCCAUCCCAGCAGAUCUUCCGGGCUCCAGGAAAGGGUCCCUUAGUUCUGUAACGCCUUCUCCCACCCCAGAGAACGAGGAUCUGCACGCAGCCACAGUUAACCCAGACCCCAGUCUGAAAGAGUUUGAAGGAGCAACACUACGCUAUGCGUCUUUGAAACUCAGAAACGCCCCGCAUGCUGAUGAUGAUGAUUCUUGUAGCAUCAACAGUGACCCAGAAGCCAAGUGUUUUGCCGUGCGCUCUCUGGGCUGGGUGGAGAUGGCGGAGGAGGACCUCGCCCCUGGGAAGAGCAGUGUUGCUGUCAACAAUUGCAUCAGGCAGCUUUCGUACUGCAAAAAUGACAUCCGGGACACAGUCGGCAUCUGGGGAGAGGGCAAGGACAUGUACCUGAUCCUGGAGAACGACACGCUCAGCCUGGUGGACCCCAUGGACCGCUCCGUGCUGCACUCCCAGCCCAUCGUGAGCAUCCGCGUGUGGGGCGUGGGCCGCGACAACGGCCGAGAGAGAGAUUUUGCUUAUGUAGCAAGAGACAAAGAUACAAGAAUUUUGAAAUGUCAUGUAUUUCGAUGUGACACACCAGCCAAAGCCAUCGCCACAAGUCUCCACGAAAUCUGUUCCAAGAUUAUGGCUGAACGGAAGAAUGCCAAAGCCCUGGCCUGCAGUUCCUCACAGGAAAGAACCAAUGUGAAUCUUGACGUUCCCUUACAGGUGGAUUUUCCAACACCAAAGACUGAGCUGGUGCAGAAGUUCCACGUGCAGUAUUUGGGCAUGUUACCUGUUGACAAACCAGUCGGAAUGGAUACCCUGAACAAUGCCAUAGAAAGUCUGAUGACCUCCUCCAACAAGGAGGAUUGGCCAUCCGUGAACAUGAACGUGGCCGAUGCUACCGUGACUGUCAUCAGCGAAAAGAACGAAGAGGAAAUCCUAGUGGAGUGUCGUGUGCGAUUUCUGUCCUUCAUGGGCGUCGGGAAGGACAUCCAUACGUUUGCCUUCAUCAUGGACACUGGGAACCAGCGCUUCGAGUGCCACGUUUUCUGGUGCGAGCCCAACGCCGGCAACGUGUCCGAGGCGGUGCAGGCCGCCUGCAUGUUACGAUACCAGAAGUGCUUGGUGGCCAGGCCGCCUUCACAGAAGGUGCGACCACCUCCUCCGCCCGCAGACUCCGUGACCAGAAGAGUCACAACCAAUGUGAAGCGCGGGGUCUUAUCCCUCAUUGACACUUUGAAACAGAAACGCCCUGUGACGGAAACGCCGUAGCUGCACGUGCCGAGGGGCUGUGAUCUCCACCUGAAGACUGAACAGCUACACUAGAGAGAGGAACUGAUGUCCGGCCUUCCAUUCCGUCGCUGAUGCUUUGUCUUCAGAGAACUUAACCUUCACCAAACAGUGUUAGACAAGCAUGUUCUCUCGUCUUGCCACCAUCAUGUGAUAUGAAAAGAAGCAUGACUAAUUUUUUUGCUGUCAGUAAGUUACAUCAUGAGCAGUGGAAGGUCUUUUUCUUACUGUAAAUAUCAUGAACAUUGCUUAACUUCACACACAGAGAAGAAUGUGGCCACACCCCUCCUGGUGAACCAAUGCCGAGUCCUUGGACCGAAUGGCGCCUGGGUCGGUUUCACUGUCUUUGGAUCUGUCACAAGCAACUUUAAAGUCCUACAGCACUUUGUCCUGUGUUCAGCAUCGGAGUAGACCCUGCACACCAGAUACCAUUGAAAUGCUGUAAGAAUAGGAUGAUGGGUUUUUGUUUUAGUUAAAUUCAUGAAAUUGACCCUUUCGGUUGACAAAAUUGGCUAUCGGCAUCAGUCUGGAAACCAACUGGCGCUGCCCCGACGCCUUUCUCUGACCUGCGGGCACCGUUUCGGGGCCACCGCUGUUUGGGGGAUGUUGGGAGAACAACGAAAUUUCAAAAUUGAAAACAAACCAAAUUUCAGAAAUUAAAAUCGAAUAAAAAUAGCCUUUCUGUUCAGAUGGUUUUCAAACUGAUUGAGAAAAAGAAGUUAACAAAAUCAUAAUGCAUUUUGGGUGAGACAAAUUCAGACUUCUGCCUUAUAUUGUACAAUGCAGCUAGAGAAUUAUAGUUCACUAUGGCCAUUCUCUACAUAAACAACAUUAAAAUGAAAUAUUCCUUGUAAGCCUUUUAUCCUUAGUUUGAUAAUUAGCCAAUAUGCAAUUUGGGAUUGAGGAAACGUCAUUUGUGUUUUAUAUCGUCACCACCAUGCUGUUUGUUAGUCGCUCCUGAGUGAACACCUGCUAGGACUCCGCAUCUAGCUCAGUCUUACCCUCAUGCUUUUUGCCCAGAAAGCUGUCUGUCCAUCAUGUAUUUUCCAUGGCAACAAAUUACAUUAAAUUGAACCUUUCUUGAAUGUAUGUAUUUACUAUUAGAAUUUGUUGGACUUCACUAGCUAUAUUUUUAAAUUUAAAUUUUUUUCUGAUAUAUUUUCAAGAUUUAAAAAUUUCAUAGAAGAGCAAAAUCUACCUAAGGACAAUGUGCUAUUUAUCAAGUUUCCCGAAACUAACACUUUCCUGCUUCUCUCUGUAGACUUGAAGCUUAGCUGUAAGACUCGCAGAUUUAGACCUUUGUUAACAUUGUUUUAAAAGGAAUUUGCUAAGGAGAUCAAUCCAAACAUUCGUCUUGUUUACUGUUUCAUGUCCAAGUUAACAUUUGACAGCACCCAGUGAUAAAAGGAACUGCUUUCUGUGAGUCCUCUGCUAUGUACUUGUCAGAUGGUUCCCCCGUUCUACCAUUCGAGCCUUGUGAGGUAGAGCAGGUACAAACACGUUUGAGCAACGAAAACAUGAGGUACAAGAGGCUGUCCCCAGCCGAGGUCCGGCAGGUGCGUGAGAGUCAGGACCAGGACCCACACCGCCAGCUCCCAGUUAUGAGUGCUGCUUGCGCUCCAGCCGGCCGGCCUCACACCUGCCUCGGCACAUGCGGUUCC